AUGACGAUACAUGAAAAUAUUGACUUCUCUGUGGUCAAAUAUAAGGGAAAGCUCUACAAUUACCAUGCUUAUGUGAAGCACCUGAAAGGUUUUAACGAAGAAGCCCUGAAAUAUCUAGAACAAGCUGAAGAGAUAGCAAAGAAGGACCAUGAAGAUGAAUUUGAGAAGCUGGUCAUUGUCACUUAUGGAAACUUUGCUUGGGUGUACUAUCACAUGGCUGAGCUCACCAAAGCCCAGAGCUACCUGGAGAAGCUGGAAGACAUUUGCAAGACGUUCCCCACAGCCUCCCGCUACAGUGUCCUCCUUCCUGUUGUGUAUGGGGAAAAGGGAUGGUCCUUUUUUAAGGUUUGUGACGAGAAACAUUAUAAGAUAGCAAAAGAAUGUUUUGAAAGGGCUCUUGAAGAAGAGCCAGAUGAGAAGGAGUGGAAUGCUGAUUAUGCCAUUGUGCUGUACCGCCUUGAAACGUUUGGACCUUCAGUUUGUGCUGAAGACUCAGUUGCACUAAAACAGUUACAACACGCUCUAGAGCUAGAUCCAGAAAACUCAGUUCUCAUGGUAUACCUGGGAAUAAAACUGCACGUUUAUGAACAAAAUGAGGAAGCCCUGAAAUUAGUGAAUCAAGCUCUGAGGCUGUCACCAAAUAACCCCUAUAUUAUUAGACAUGCGGCAAGGUUUUUCAGAAAAUGUGGCUGUCCAGACAAAUCCUUGGAGAUAUUAAAAGAGGCAUUGCAAGCAGCUCCUGAUUCAUAUUAUCUACACUCUCAAUUAGGACUUACCUACAAAUCCAAAAUUGGUAAAUUCCAGGGCCAGUGGAAUCAGGAUCCCACAGAGGUUGAGAAAUUUGUGAAAUUAAGCAUUUUAUACUUUGAAAAAGCAGUUAGGAUGAAACCAUCAAGCAUUCAAGAUCAGGUAGAUCUGGCACACAUGUAUGCAGAAUCUGGAGACAUAAAGAAGGCAGAAGAUAUAUAUCAGAAAUUAUUUGAAAUGCCAGUCACCUGGCUUGAUGAUAUACAAACAAUACAUUUUUGUUUUGGGAGCUUCCAGUUCCAUUACAAAAAAUCAGAGCCUGAUGCUAUUAAACACUACAAAAUUGGGUUACAGAUCCAAAAUACAUCUUCACGAGGCAACCAGUGUUAUGCUCAACUACAAAAAAUUGCCAGAAGACGUAUUGCAAGAAAUCCACGUAAUGCGGAAGGUUUUGCCAUUUUGGGUUCAGCUCAUCAACUCAGAAAGGAGCUACCGGAAGCACUCGACAACUAUGAGAAGGCAUUGCAGCUUGACCCAGGCAAUGAAAGAUACAAGAGUACUGUUUCUGACCUGUGUGUCCCUAUAAUAUGCUCUACCUUAAGAAAUACUGUACUAAAAUAA